AUGGCAAAAUGUGACACCAAAGGCUGCGGCUGCUGUCAGCAGGUGCUUAAGCUGCCAAGAAGCAAAACUCUAGUUACCCUUUGCCAACAAACCCUCAGGGAACAGGAGCAGCAAGUGGAGAUCUUCAGCCUCAAAAGGGUAAUAAAUGCAGGGAAGAGCACGCACAAUGAAGAUCAAGCCAGCUGUGAAGUCCUCUUUGUCAAGAAGAAAGCUGGAGGCGCUAAUUCUACACCAAACAAGAACUCUUCAACAAAACGGAGAUCAUCGUUGCCUAAUGGAGAAGGUCUCCAGCUGAAAGACAAUUCGGACACAGAUGGGAUCAACCUGUACUACUGGUCCCUGUUUGAUGGACAUGCUGGGUCGGGGGCAGCUGUGGUCGCUUCCAAACUGCUGCAGCAUCAUAUCCUGGAGCAGCUGCAGGAGAUCGUGGACAUCCUGAGGAACACGGCCGUCCUCCCACCCACCUGCCUGGGAGAGGAGCCUGACAACCCAGCCACCAACAGCAGGACGCUGACACGGGCAGCCUCCCUGCGUGGUGGUGUGGGGGCCCCAGGCUCUCCCAGCACCCCUCCAACACGCUUCUUCACCGAGAAGAAGAUCCCACAUGAGUGCCUAGUUAUUGGGGCCAUAGAAAGUGCAUUCAAGGAAAUGGAUUUGCAAAUAGAACGAGAGAGGACCGUGUAUAAUAUUUCUGGUGGCUGCACAGCCCUUGUGGUGGUGUAUUUAUUGGGGAAGCUUUACGUGGCAAACGCUGGUGACAGCAGGGCUAUAAUAAUCCGAAACGGCGAAGUCAUUCCAAUGUCUUCAGAAUUCACUCCAGAGACUGAACGCCAGCGACUUCAGUAUCUGGCUUACAUGCAGCCCCACUUGCUGGGAAAUGAGUUCACACAUUUAGAGUUUCCACGGAGGGUGCAGCGCAAGGAAGUUGGAAAGAGGAUGCUCUACCGUGACUUCAACAUGACUGGCUGGGCAUACAAAACCAUUGAGGAAGAUGACUUGAAGUUUCCCCUUAUAUAUGGAGAAGGCAAGAAGGCUCGGGUUAUGGCAACAAUUGGAGUGACCCGAGGACUGGGAGACCAUGACCUGAAAGUUCACGACUCCAAUAUAUACAUCAAACCUUUCCUGUCCUCAUCUCCCGAGGUAAGAGUCUAUGACCUCCUGCAGUAUGAGCAUGGGCCAGAUGAUGUUCUGAUCCUAGCUACUGAUGGACUCUGGGAUGUGCUGUUAAAUGAAGAAGUAGCAGAAGCUGUCACUAACUUUCUACCAAACUGUGACCCCGAUGAUCCCCACAGGUACACGCUGGCGGCGCAGGACCUGGUGAUGCGAGCCAGGGGAGUGCUGAAGGACCGGGGCUGGCGAAUAUCCAAUGACAGGCUGGGCUCUGGAGACGACAUCUCUGUCUACGUCAUCCCUUUAAUACACGGGAACAAACAGUCGUGA